ACAUUGAAAGGGGUUCUAAUUUAAUGUUUUCAAAAGGCAAUACAUACAUAAUACAUACAGUUUUUGAUACCCACUUCCUACUCUACCUUUUCUAUCUUCAAUUCUAAGCAAGCAACCCUCAUCAAACAAAAACAAAAACAUAUGGAUUCACCUCAUAAAACCAAGUCUCUCUCCACUAAUCUCUUCUUCCUUUUCAUCCUCUUGUCAACAAAUCUUCUCACCUUGUUCCUUUCUUCUACUUUCAAUGCCUCCUCGUGCUCUUUCAAUCCCACCAUUCCCACCACCACCACCACCAAAGACAAUCAAUAUCCUUCUCCUAAAUCACCCGAUGUAUCUACAGAAGCAACAAAUAAUUUAGAUCUUUCACCUGAAUUCCUUGCUUUUACAUCCGGGCAAUUACUCCCAUUUGGGGUCAAUAUCAACUUUGAUUCCGACACCAUAUACCCCCCAGUUGGAAAAGCAUGCACCCAAUUCCCCAAAGAACUCAACACCUUCAUGUCUUACAAAGUCAAUGGUUCAUGCCCAGAUGAUGAGCUCUUAGCCCAAAAGCUCCUCCUCAAAGGCUGUGAGCCACUCCCUCGACGCCGUUGCCGCCCUGCUGCCCCUUCUAAAUAUGUUGAACCAUACCCUCUUCCAACUAGCUUAUGGACAACGCCCUCAGACAACUCCAUUGUAUGGACAGCUUACACUUGCAAAAACUAUGAUUGUCUCGUCAACAGAAAGUAUAGGGAAAAGGGUUUCAGUGAUUGUAAAGACUGUUUUGAUCUUCAAGGAGCUGAGAAAUCUCGUUGGACCUCAUCAAAAGGUGGUGGUGUAGACUUCAGUAUUGACGAAGUCUUGGCAACAAAGAAGCCUGGAACCAUACGUAUCGGGCUUGACAUUGGUGGUGGUGUAGCUACUUUUGCUAUAAGAAUGAUGAAAAGGAACAUAACCAUUGUUACAACCUCUAUGAACUUGAAUGGUCCAUUCAACAAUUUCAUUGCCUCAAGAGGGGUUGUGCCUCUCUACAUUAGCAUCUCUCAGAGGCUUCCUUUUUUCGACAACACGUUGGACAUCGUUCACUCCAUGCAUGUAUUGAGUAACUGGAUCCCAACAACGUUGAUGCACUUCUUGAUGUUUGAUAUCUAUAGGGUGCUUAGGCCUGGGGGGUUGUUUUGGCUUGACCAUUUCUUCUGUGUGGAAGAGCAGUUCGAGCAAGUUUACAAGCCGCUCAUAGAGAGCAUUGGGUUCAAAAAGUUGAAGUGGGUGGUAGGGAAGAAGCUCGAUCGUGGUCCAGAGCGCCGUGAGAUGUACCUUUCGGCUUUGUUGGAGAAGCCAUUGAACAACUCCUGGUGAUUUUCAUUUUUUUUCUCUCUCUCUUCUUGUUUACUUAAAUGAGAUUUUGAUUUUGAGUUUAGAUUCCUGUCUGUCUUCUUUGUAAGAAGUCGUGGCAAGGAGUAAAUUUUAACAAUAUAUGAAAUUUUACUUGCACUAGUUUUCCCCCUCUUUGUAUUGUCCCAUGUAUGUUUACAUUUGAUUUACCAAUAUUUAUACAUUUUCCUCGCAUUUAUUUACA